GGAUGAGUAUUUGAUGAGCACUCAGCUUUCAGCUACCCGGCCGUCUGUCGUGCUUCAAUGCGCACAUCAGCAGCAAGGAACAGCAAAAGCCAAUGCGAAGAUUUCGCGCGCGGCGGCUUGAUCGAUCUAAGGAAAGCCAAGGAGGACUCGACUAGUGGGAUCAGCUUAUUGUCUCCAAUAAAUUUGAUAACAGCCGUGCUCUCAGCUGUGGCGACGCUUGCGCCGUGAGGCGAAUGCAUGUGCCGCAGCAUCCUUUGGAGUGCUAUCCAAGUAGUUUUGGAUACGAAGGUCGCGUAUGACUCCAGGGCUGCUGACCGAUUUGCAUGCCUGACCAUUUGGAAAGAAUAGGCGCCCAGGUUCACCUUUUCGACUCUGCUUGACCGUAUUGUUAACUGCCAAGCCGAUUUCGAGGGGGCGCUUACAGGCUUUGAAUCGCUCCCCGACCACACUCACUGAUGAUAGUGCCAACGAAUGAUGUCGGGCGUCUGGUCGAUUGUACAGCAGUUAUCAACCAACAGAGAAAUCGGUCCGGUUCCGAGAAAUUCCUAUGCUACCCGCCCCCCAUUUUCCCCUGUGGAUUAUUUGGAACGUCAAUCCCGAUUUCUUUGGCUUUUUGGUACUGGGACCCAACAGUCCGUGAUUUGUCAAGCAUUUAUCUCGUCAUUUCAAGUGGAAAGCAUUGUACGGCGGGUGUCACUAGGCUCAGGCUCUCUGUUCGCCCCGCUGAAGAGAUUCCCGCGAGCUCAAUGGCACGCGCAUCGCAACGGCAACCCACCUCGUCGCUGCAUAAAAUGCGAUACACCCUGUCCUAAUCUCUGUCCAGCACUCCCUGUUCCUUUUCUGGUCGUGAAUACUUGGCGGGGCUGCUCACCCGCUAUCCAACUCGAAGUCGGACUACGAGGCGCAAUUUGCAUGUCGGCAGGCAGCAACCAUGGUCGGCGAGAUGAGGGUCGCACAGAUGCUGUGCAUGUCCAAGGAGCAGAUUGCAUGCCCCAUUGACACACCGCGUUGCCGCUGUGGCUCGUGAUACUGUUCUACCUCGCUAUCGCCUACGGCUCGUGGCGCUAAGG